GCAAACCACUAGUGAGCAGGAAAAAUUAAGUCCCGCUUUUAGUCGUCGACAUUCAUCGGCAUUGCACCUUCUUUCACUGCUCUCGCACAAUAUUUUUAUUUAUUUAUUUAUUAAUUAUUUUUUUUUUUCGUAUUUAAAUUGCGAAAAAAAAAUUAAUUUAAAAAACUUGUUUUUCGUUUAGAUAAUAUCAUUUUUAUGAUAUUUUUUUUUUAUUUCGAAUCAGUGUUUCGAUAACACACAUUGGUGGAUAUAUAAAAAAAAAAAUGUUUCGAAAUAUUUAAAACGGUGAUUGUAUUAAUUUUGCAAUAAUUGUGAGAUAAAUUUAAUUGAAUCUUGAAUUUUAUAGUGUGUGUUGAACUUGUUUUUUAUAAAUCAUUUAUGAAAAAAAUUAAAAAAAAAUAUUGGCUGAGGAUUUAGCUGUAGUCUCUUAUUUUUAUAUGUGAAAUUAGUUAGUUUAUUAGUUGACUAUAAUUUUAUUGAGAAUUGUGACAAGUGGUGUAUUUGUUUAAAAUAUUUUUUUAGAAUUGUUAAAUUUAGUUUUUUAUUUUUUGGUAUUAAAUAAUGCGGUAGGAUGCAAAGCCAGGAAAUACGAAUCACGUACCUUGCCCUGGUGGCAUUUAGCCUCCUAGGCGGGGAUGUAUAUGCUUCGGCAUUCACCCAGGUAACAAGUCUUCAUCGACCAACACCAACAGCCGACAAAUCUGAUGGAAUAGUUCCUCAAGUGCUGUCAAUUGAAACGAUCACUCCCAAGGUCAUUAAUAAUGAUGAUGUUAAAAAUUCAACACUGAUGAUUGAUCAACAAAAACCAUCAAAAGAUACAGAUAUUAAAAAAAAAUUAACAAUAAAUAAUGAUAAAUAUAAAAAUAUAACAAAAUAUCAAUUAACAAAAAAAGAUAAAGAUGAUAAAGAAUUAAUAGCUGAUAAAGAUAAUUAUGAAACAACAACAUUAACAAUUCCAAUAACAACAAUGCCAUCAAUGAUGCCAACAGAUGACACAGUUAAAACAACAAUAAUACCAGAAACAACAAUUAAAACAAUGACAACAAUUGUUGAUUUAAUAUCAUCAACAAUACCAUCUGUUGAUGAAGCUUCAACUGAAUUACCAAUUGAUACAAUGAUGAAUGAUUCAUCAACAUUUAUAAUUCCAACAUUGAGUGUUCAUCAAAAUAAUAGUCAAACAACAAAUGAAGAUGUUUAUUCACCGUUAUUACUUGAUGGUGAACCAAUUGUUGACCUAACAACAACAACAACAACAUCAACAACUGAAUUACCACCAACAAGUCAAGUAGCAAUGGAAGAUGAAACUAUGUCACGUGCACGUGCACUAAAUAUCUCAGCAUCUGAACCAACCAAUUCAUUACAAGCAAAUAUAACGGAUCUCAGUGAUGUCAGUAUGGAUAAUGAUGAAAACAAGGAACCUGAAGGAGUUGAGUAUGUCGUCAAGCAUAACGAAACAACAACAACAACAACAACAACAACAGUGUUACCAAUAACAUUAUUACCACCAAUUAUAUGUCACGAUGGAAAUAAAACUUACAAUCCUGGUGAAAGAAUAAUACAUGGUUGUGAUGAAAAAUGUAUUUGCGGUGAUGAUGGAAUUAUUACAAGAUGUGAACCAAUAUGUAUGUCACCAUAUGUACGAGCUGGAAGAGGUGAAAAUACUGAUCCAUUUUGUCAUGAAGCUAUUGUUGGAACUGAUGGAUGUUGUGCUGUUCUUGAAUGCUCUGAUUCUGCUACUGAGGCAGAAGAAACUUGUGUAUUUGAAAAUAAAACAAUAAAUAGAGGACAACGUGUUGAGGAUGGUUGUUCACGUGUUUGUAUUUGUGAAACUGGUGGUACAUUAAAAUGCCAACCAAGAUGUCCACCAAAUGAAACAGCAACUGGAAUGAAACAACAUGAUCGAUGUGUUGCUCUUCCUGAUCCACGGGAUUCAUGCUGUACAAUAACACUGUGUGAUGUUAGCCUUGGUGAGCAUGAAAUAAAAUCAGAAAAUAUAUCUGAUUUAACUGUUAAUUUAACAGACGUAAAAGUUAUAAAUUCAACAGCAAUAAAAUUAAAAUUAUCAUCUGAAUUAUCAAGUGAUGCUGUUAUUGAAGUAUCAGAAGAUAAUCGCAUUUGGAUGCAACGAAAAAUUGACAAUAAUGGUAUUUUAUCAAAUCUUGAGCCAGCACAUAGUUAUCAUGUGCGAAUAACAGAAGGAGGUCGAACGGGACCAUCACUUCGUGUGAUCUUACCAGCGGAAGUGAUAAAAACAAAUAUAACGGAUUAUAAAUUUGAUAAAAACACUUGUAAUCAUCGUGGUAAAUUAUACAAAAUUGGUGAUGAAUGGUAUGAUGAGUGUAUAUCAUUUUGUGUAUGUAAUAAUAGUGCUAAAAUUGAAUGUGCAACAAUCCAAUGUCCAACUGAAUUUGGUCUUGACGUAUUAGAUCCAACUUGUCUUGAUUGGGAACCAGUACCAUCUGAUUUUACAGCUAAAGCACCAGAUUGUUGUCCAAAGGAAAUGAGAUGUAGAAAUAAUGGAUCAUGUGAAUAUGAAGGUUCAACAUAUGAAAAUUGGUCAACAAUACCAAAAAAUAAAACUGGAUGUGAAACAACAUGUUCAUGUGAAUUUGGUAAAAUUAAUUGUACACCAACUUGUCCAACAGUAACAGCAUUACCACCAUCAACACUUAAUUGUCCAGCAUAUCAAGCAGUACUUGUUUCACUUCCACAUCAUGAAUGUUGCAAGGAAUGGAUGUGUGAUCGUACUAUUCAUAAAACAAAUGGAAUGAACAAAACAAGCGCGAAUCCCGGUCAAUAUUUAAAUGACAUGAAUAUUCAUCCAAGUAUUGAUACAGCAAAUGAUACAACUAACAACAACAUGCCAAUUGAUCAUCAGAUGAAUAAAAAUAAAAAAGAAUUAUCAUCAUCAACAACAUCAAAUGACAAUGUCAUGUCAAAUUUACAUCCAGUUAUAUCUGAAAUAACAAAUAAUCCAAUGGAACAUUUGAAUAAUUAUAAUGGUCCAUAUAAUCCAGAUUACAAACCAACUGAAUCAAGUGUUGAGGAAUUAUUCCAUUUACCUGAACGUAAUCCAGAAAAAAUGGCACCACCAUUAAAAGAUAAAUCAAAAUCAAAAACUGAUAUGAAAAAACCAAUUGAACCAUUUAAACAACAUAAAGAAAUUAUUGAACAACAAUUAACACCUCAUGAUCACUAUAAUCAUCAUCAUCAUCAUCAACAACAACUUGAUAACAACCAUAAUAUUGAUGAUGAAGAUGAUGAGGAUGAAAAUGAAAGUGAUGAUAAAGAAUUACCAAUAAAUUCUCAAUCUUUUCCUGGUCCAAUUGCACCAAAUAAAUUUCCAAUUAAUCAAAAUUAUCCAAAUGGUAAAGAAACAGAUGGAUCACAUGUUCCAUCAAGUAAAUAUCCAAAUAAACAUUCAACACCAUCUAAAAAAGUGAAUAAUAAUGAACAACAAUAUGUACCAUUUAAUAAUCAACAUGAUAAUUCAGGUUUUUCACAAUUUUCACCAAAUAAUGGUGAUAAUAUACCACCAACAAGAUUUGAUCCAAAUACUUUUGAAAAUACAGAUAUUGGCACAUCAUAUUCAAAGAAAAAAACACCACCAAUUGAUAUAUAUAAUAAUGAUGAAAAUAUAAAAAUAAAACCAAGUUUACCUGGUAAAAUAAAACAAAAUCAACGUAAACCAGAACAAGAAAUAUUACCAGGUGAUUUACUUAAUAUAUUUCAUAAUCAACAUCCAGGAUUAACACAAUUAGAUCUUCCACCAGCUCAAGGACAUCCUGGUCUAUAUGAAUUUCAUCAACAAAUAUCAAAUCAAAAAGACGUACCAAUUAAUGGAAUAUCAAAUGGUUUUUUCAAUCCACCACCACCACCACCGCCAUCAUCAUCAUCAGCAUCAUCAGCGUCUUCAUCAAAAAAACCAAGACCACAAAUAAUUGCACAAGAAAAUGAAGAUGGUCAAACGACAUAUCAUAUACAUGCACCAGAUAUACAAAAUUCCCAAUCACAUUUAGAAGAAUUAUUAGCACAUAUUAGUGCUGUUGAACAAAAUUCAAAACAAGGCCCUUAUCAACAACAAUAUCCAAAUAGACAACAACAACAACAAAUUAAUAAUAAUUAUCCAAACGGACCACCUCCACCACCACCUAGGAUAGAAAAUAACGGAGAUACAUAUUUGAACCAUCCGUUUGCAAUACCAACACCCAAUCAGUCAGGAAAUCGUGAUAAUUUUCCACCUGGUUUUCCAAAUCAAGUUAUUGGACAAUCACCAUCUGAUGAAGUUGUUAUUAAAGAACUUGAAGCACUUGUACCAAGAAAUGUACGUGUUGUAUUUACAGUACCAGCAGUAUUAAUUGGUCUUCAAGCACGUUUUGAAUUACGUUAUACAAGUAAUCAAACAAAUACUGAUCCAUCAACAUGGAGCUCACAAUUAUAUUUACCACCAGAUGAAUUAAUAUCAACACAAAAAAUGGAAGUUGAACUUGAUAAUCUUGAAAUAGCAACAAUAUACAAAGUUAAAGUUAUUGUUAAUGUUCGUGAUCUUACAAAUCAUCCAAGUAGUCAAAUUUAUACUGUUAAAACAUAUGAACCACCAGAAAUAUUAAUUGAUGCUGAAUUACAAGUUGAACAAACAAAUUCAAGUUUAAUACAAAUGAUAUGGCGUAAAUUUUCUGAUAAUGAAACAAGAUUUAUUGAUGGUGUACAAUUGAGAUAUAGAUUAUUAAAUGCAAGUACAUUUGUUAGAACACCACUUAUUCAUCGUGCAAUAACAUCAUAUGUCAUUGAAAAUUUAGCACCAAGUACAACAUAUGAAAUUGGUAUAUCAAUUAUUCCAUUUCCAGGACAAAAAACUGAAUUAAAAACACCAAAAACAAUACUUGUUACAACGACAAUUGAAACAAAUCCAUGGGCUUUUGAAAUUGAUUUUGAUAUUAAAACAGUUAAAAGUCAAGAAGUUGAAAUAUCAUGGAGUGGUAUACCAUAUCCAGAAGAUCGUUAUGUUAAUAUUUAUCGUGCAAUAUGUAAAAGUGAUAGAGGUACUGAAGAUACAAGUACAUUUAAAAUAGCUAAAAGAGAUUCACCAGCUAAAACAAUAAUAUCUGGUCUUAAACCAGCAACAAGAUAUAGUUUAUGGUUAAUGGUUUAUUUAAAAAAUGGUAAAACAUUACAAAGUAAUGUUAAAGAUUUUGUUACAAAACCAGGUACAAUAUUAUCUGCUGGUAUUGGUGCACAAGGUAAAUUAGCAUCAGUACAAAUUCAUGAUGGUGAUUAUUAUGGACCACUUGUUAUUGUUGCUAUUGUUGCAUCAUUAUCAAUACUAUCAACAUUGAUAUUAUUAAUGAUGCUUAUGAAAAGACGAUCAAGUAGUAAAGCUGAUAUAUCACCAAGAAAAACAACAUCGGCAUAUGACAAUCCAUCCUACAAGGUAGAAAUACAACAAGAAACUAUGGACUUGUGAAGAUGCAGUGACAAUAACAAAUGGACACAACAAAGUGACUGAACAUGAAUUGUCAACAAUUAAUUCAAACAACGCCGAUGCCAAGGAAAGUGCAUGAUAAAUUGCAUUGAUAUUAAUUUAUUUAACAAAUUAUAUAAGUCAAUUAUUAUUUUUUAAAAUAAUAAUCAAUAAAAUUAUAUGACUAUUAUUAAUAAUCCGUCCAUGAUAUGCAAAUCAUGUCAACAAUUGAGGAAGUUGAGGAAAAUCAAAUUAUUCUUGAUUAAUACUGCCAUUUAUUAAAAAAAAAAAAAAAACAAAUUUAAUAAUCAUUUAUUACAUUGUGACAUUCGAAUUUUAUUACUGGAUAUUAACGACUCGUCAUAUUUUUCAUGCAUUAUAUUAUUUUUAUCAAAUUAUUUUUUAUUUUUUAAAUUUAAUGAAUAAAUGUUUGCCUGUAUAUACGAUUCAUGUGCAAUAAAUAUUUUUUUUUUAUUUUUUUUUAUAUUAGGCACAUUUUAUUGAGUGACUGAAAAAUUACGAAAAAAAAUUUCUAUAAAAAAAUUUC